GGAGGGAGAGGCAGCGGCGGACCAAGAGGCUGUUACCGCCGGCGGCACGGGGGGACAGUCGGAGCGGAGGCGGCGCCUGGCCGCGGGGAGCCCACAGCUCAGAGUCCCGGCACAGAACGGGAUGAAGUUCCGCGGAGCCCGGGCCGGGGCCCAGGGAGGUGAGAGAGCGCGGCUGGCCAUGGAGGGGGCGCUAACAGCACGGGACCGCGUGGGAGUGCAGGACUUUGUGCUGUUGGAGAGCUUCACCAGUGAGGCAUCCUUCAUCGAGAACCUGCGCAAACGCUUCAGGGAGAGCCUGAUCUAUACUUACAUCGGCUCGGUGCUGGUGUCGGUGAACCCGUACCGGGAGCUGGAGAUCUACAGCCGGCAGCACAUGGAGCGGUACCGAGGCAUCAACUUCUACGAGGUGUCUCCUCACAUCUACGCCGUCUCGGAUAACUCGUACCGGUCGAUGCGCUCGGAGGGCAAGGACCAGUGCAUCCUGAUCUCCGGGGAGAGCGGAGCUGGGAAAACAGAAGCCUCCAAGAAGAUCCUGCAGUACUACGCGGUCACUUGUCCCAGCAGCACCCGGGUGGAGUCCGUGCGUGACCGGCUGCUCCAGUCCAACCCCGUGCUCGAGGCUUUCGGAAAUGCGAAAACUCUCCGUAACGACAACUCCAGCCGGUUCGGCAAGUACAUGGACGUCCAGUUUGACUUCAGGGGAGCUCCGGUGGGGGGUCACAUCCUGAACUACCUGCUGGAGAAGUCUCGGGUUGUUCACCAGAACCACGGCGAGAGGAACUUCCACAUCUUCUACCAGGUGCUGGAGGGAGGUGACAACGAGCUGCUGCAGAGGCUGGGCUUGGAGCGUAACGCACAGAGCUACCAGUAUCUUGUCAAGGGUCACUGUGCGAAAGUGAGCUCCAUCAACGACAAGAAUGAGUGGAAGACCGUGCACCGAGCCCUGUCUGUCAUCGACUUCAGCAGCAGCGACAUCGAGGAGUUGCUGAGUGUGGUGGCCAAUCCCCUCCACCUGGGCAACCCAGCAGUGCCUGGCCCCGAAGAUGGCAACGCAACGGUGACUCACGAUGUUCCCUGUGUCUCGCAGCUGCUGGGGGUGCCCGGACCAACCCUGAAAGAGGCCCUGAUCCACCGCAAGAUCAUCGCGAAGGGAGAGGAGCUGAUCAGCCCCCUGAACGUUGAGCAGGCAGCGUACGCUCGUGAUGCUCUGGCCAAGGCCAUCUACGGACGCACCUUCUCCUGGCUGGUGAACAAGAUCAACGAGUCGCUUCAUCACAAGGACUCCACUUACUCCGAGAACUACCGACCCAACAUCAUCGGACUGCUGGAUAUUUACGGGUUUGAGGUGUUCCAGAACAACAGCUUCGAACAGUUCUGCAUCAAUUAUUGCAACGAGAAACUGCAGCAACUGUUCAUCGAGCUGACGCUGAAAUCCGAGCAGGAGGAGUACGAGUCGGAGGGAAUCGCGUGGGAGCCCGUCCUGUACUUUAACAACAAAAUCAUCUGCGACCUGGUGGAGGAGAAGCACAAGGGCGUGAUCUCCAUCUUGGACGAGGAGUGCCUGAGGCCCGGCGACGCGACGGAUUUAACCUUUCUGGAGAAGCUAGAGGAGACGGUCGGGAGCCAUCCGCACUUCAUGACCCACAAGUUGGCAGACCAGAAGACACGGAAGACCCUGGGGAGGGAGGAGUUCCGCCUCCUGCACUACGCGGGCGAGGUGAACUACAACGUGACAGGUUUCCUCGACAAGAACAACGACCUUCUCUUCAGGAACCUGAAGGAGGCCAUGUGUGAGUCUGGGAACCGCAUCGUCAGGCAGUGCUUCGAGCCAGCUGGGCGCGAGGACAAGAGGAGACGAGAGACGGCUGCGACACAGUUCAAGAACAGCCUGGCCAAACUGAUGGAGAUCCUGAUGUCAAAGGACCCGUCGUACAUCCGUUGCAUCAAACCCAACGAUGCCAAGCAAGCAGGCAGGUUCGAUGAGGUGCUGAUCAGGCACCAGGUGAAGUACCUCGGGCUGAUGGAGAAUCUUCGAGUGCGCAGAGCCGGGUUUGCUUAUCGACGGAGGUUUGAGAUAUUCCUGCAGAGGUACAAGACGCUCUGUCCUCAAACAUGGCCCAAUUGGAAAGGCCAGCCUGGCGAAGGGGUAGCAACACUCGUUCAACACCUGGGAUACAAGCCCGAGGAUUACAAGCUGGGCAGGACGAAGAUUUUCAUUCGUUUUCCCAAGACCCUGUUUGCCACAGAAGAUGCCUUUCAGCUGCGGAAGAACACAAUCGCCACGACGAUCCAGGCGGAAUGGCGGGGAUACCACCAGAGACAGAAAUACCAGAAGCUGCGCUCCUCAGCAAUCACUAUCCAGUCGUGGUGGAGGGGAGAGAUGGGGCGGCAGGUGGCAACUCGCAGGAAGAACGCCGCUGAAAAAAUCCGCAGGUUCAUCAAAGGCUUCAUCCACCGACAAAGGCCUCGUUGUCCGGACAACGAGUAUUUUGUGGACUAUGUCAGGUGCGCCUUCCUGAUGAAGUUGAAACGCAAUUUGCCAAAGAAUGUCCUGGACAAGUCAUGGCCGGUGCCUCCGCCUGCACUCUCUGAGGCGUCCGAACUGCUGAGGGAGCUGCACAUGCGCAACAUGGUGCAAAUCUACUGCAGGAGGAUCUCCGCCGAGUGGAAGCAGCAGCUGGAGCAGAAGGUGGUGGCCAGCACGCUGUUCAAAGACAAGAAGGACAACUACCCGCAGAGUGUGCCCAAACUCUUUGUCAACUCCCGCAUCAUGACGAACGAGAUCAACUCCAAGGUGCUGCAGAUAAUUGAGAGCGACAGUAUCAAGUACGCGGUGGCGGUGACCAAAUACGACCGGAACGGCUACCGGGCCCGGCCACGGCAGCUCCUCAUCACCCCCUCCAGUGCCUUCCUGGUGGAGGAGGCCAAAGUCAAACAGACCAUCGACUACACCAACCUCAGAGGAAUCUCGGUCAGCUCCCUGAGUGACGGUCUCUUCGUCUUGCAUGUGCCCUGUGAAGACAACCGGCAGAAGGGCGACCUGGUGUUGCGCAGUGACCACGUGAUCGAGACACUGACAAAACUGGCCAUUGCGUCGGACAAGGUGGACAGCGUCAACAUCAACCAGGGGAGCAUUAAGUUCACCAUCAAACAAGGCAAGGAGGGAAUCAUCGAUUGCACAUGGGGGUCGGAGCUGAUCAUUUCAAAAGCAAAGAACGGCCACCUGUCUGUGGUGGCCCCCCGGCUGAACUCGAGAUGACGAGUGAGGGGUGAGGGCAGCGAUGGCCAGCUCACUCGCUCGCACACACACGCGCGGUGAUCGGCUGCUCUCCGCCGCAGCAGCCCGCGGUUUAUCGGUGAGACAUCCGAGUCGUUGGUCUUCGCCGCAACCCUCCACGGCUGCCAAAGUCAGAGCUUCCAGCUGGGGACGCCCGUUCCCAGGGCAUACAUUAAUCAUGCAAAGUAAAUCUAAUGGACGGUUAUAUUAAAAGAUAUUUGCCAUUA